AUGCCCGGUGAGGUCGUCAACUGCAGCAGCCGAUCCGCCGCAACACACAACCUCACUGUAUACGGCGCCGAAAUACUGUACACGCCGCAGGGCAGCAGUGGCACGACUGCUACCAAUUCCACCACGGCCAGCACCAUCGACACAGGAACCGCCUUCGAGUUCCAGCUGUACAAUGCCGUCCUGGGCGUCGACGCACAGUGCUCGACACACGUCAACCAGACGGACAUGUCCGACGCGUGGCACAGCUGCUUUGUCGAGUCGCGGGACACGCAGAUUGCGGCGGCGUUCCGGUUCGACCUGGGUCGGCACACGGUGACGGUGUGGGAGACAUGGGUGUGCGACGAUGAUGCUCGGAAGGCAAAUGGGACGACACGCUGGCAGGCUGCGUCCACGAACAGCAUGGAUUUGCUGUGCACGGAAACGGCCAAUGCCGACACGGCGCAGCACUAUUGUGCGCGGGAGGCGAGCGGUCCGUUGCCAGUGGAUGUUAUAGAGGUGGCAGGGUAG